AUGAAAUUUGAUCCUAAGGAUGAAAUUAAGGCAAAAAAAGCCGACCACCCGAAAAUAUCCAAGGUGACUGUUCAUCCUCUAGUUCUGCUUGGUGUCGUUGAUCACUUUAAUCGAGUGGGUAAAAUCAGUGGAGGUCAAAAACGCGUUGUGGGUGUCUUACUAGGUGCGUUGCGUGGAAGUACCCUUGACGUCAGCAACUGUUUUGCAGUUCCCUUCGAGGAGGAUCUAACGGACCCGAAUGUUUGGUUCCUUGACAAUGAUUAUCUUGAGAAUAUGUUUUCAAUGUUCAAGAAAGUGAAUGCUCGUGAACGCAUCGUUGGUUGGUACCACUCCGGGCCAAAACUUUGCACAAAUGACAUCAAGAUCAAUGAACUUUUCCGAAAGUAUACGUCAAACUCAGUUCUUGUUGUGGUUGACGUUAAAACGAAUGAAAGCGACGGAAUCCCCACUGAGGCCUAUAUCGCAGUCGAGGAGGUCCACGAUGAUGGAACUCCAACGACAAAAACAUUUGAUCACCUCCUCUCCGAAAUCGGCGCGGAAGAAGCUGAGGAAGUUGGUGUGGAGCACCUCUUAAGGGACAUAAAGGAUUCCUCUUUGGGCAGUUUGACGCAACGAAUUGACGCUAAGAUCAGUGGUCUGAGUGGAAUGCUUCGUCAGCUGGAAGAAAUUCAGGAGUACCUCCAGCUGGUCACCACUAAACAGAUUCCAAUCAACCACCAGGUGAUGUAUAAGUUGCAGGACAUGUUUAACCUCCUUCCUGACGUGCGCCUGCAAGACAUGGUACGAUCCCUCAACAUGACUUCGAACGAUCAAAUGCUCGUCAUCUAUGUCGCCUCCGUUAUGCGAGCGGUUUUGGCCCUGCACGAUCUGAUCAACAACAAACUGGCUAAUCGAGAGAGCGAGAGGAAUGAGGAUGAAGGGAAGAAGAACGCCAAGCCGGCCGUAGCUGGAGACCAACCGAAGGACGAGGCGGAAAAAAUAGCAGAAAAGAAGAUUUAA